UCCCUGGAGUCUGGGAAGACAGUGGGUGAGUAGAGAGUCCUGUCUAUCCUGAGAGGAGAACAUUCAGCCCAAAUUCCAGCCCCACUAUGCGCAGAUCAGAGCCAUUUCUAAAAAUGUCGCUGCUGAUUCUGCUUUUCCUGGGAUUGGCAGAAGCCUGUAUUCCUCGUGAAGUUGCAACUAAAGAAAAAAUCAACUUGCUCAAAGGGAUCGUAGGUCUGAUGAGCAGACUGUCACCAGAUGGUCUCAGACACAACCUAACUUCCCUCAAGAUGCCUCCCCUGGCGUCCCCACAAGAUAGGACAGAAGAAGAAAUAAAAAAGAUCCUAGGUUUGCUGAGCCUCCAAGUACUGCAUGAAGAAACAAGUGACUGCAAGGAGGAAGUUAAGCCUCUCGCAGCCACCACCCCAUCCAGGAAACCACCCCCUAAGAGGAGGAACAGAUGGAACUUCCUGAAAUGUGCCUACAUGGUGAUAACCUACCUCUUCGUGACCUACAACAAAGGGGACUGGUGUUACUGCCACUACUGUAACUUGGAACUGGACAUCAGGGAUGAUCCCUGCUGUUCUUUCUAGUGAGCCUGCUCCAUCUCAGCUGAGCCUUCACAAGGCCUCCAUCUCCCUGGCAUUCUUACCUCUGAAGAAAGUUCUCUGUGUGGAGUGUAAUGAACUGGGUCCUUUGAGGAACGGCACCUGGGUGCCCAGAGGCAUGGCUGGAAGGUCUCUGUGGGAGCCGUGCCUUGGGAGGAUGCACCCAGAGCGUCUGAGAGAGCAUCUGCAGGGGUUUCUCCUAAAAUCUCUCCUCCAGAUCAUUCUCAAACUUUCCCCACUACUUCCAUAAUAAAACAUAUACUUGUUGAAAUGGC